CACGCGCGAAACGAGAAACGGGUCGUGUGCAAGCAUUGGCUGCGCGGGUUGUGCAAGAAGGGCGACUUGUGCGAGUACCUACAUGAGUAUAAUCUGAAGAAGAUGGAUGAGUGUAGAUUCUAUGCUCAGUAUGGGGAGUGCUCGAAUCCCGAGUGUGUGUAUUUGCAUGUCGAUCCCGAGACGAAGGUGAAGGAUUGUCCGUUUUAUCAGUCGGGGUUCUGUAAAUUGGGUCCAUCAUGCAAAGGGAAACAUACCCGCAAAGCCAUCUGCCAAAACUACCUAACAGGCUUCUGUCCCAAAGGGCCCGAAUGUAACCUUGGCCAUCCAAAAUUUGACCCGCCAAACUACAACACAGCAGACGACGGGCGAGCACAAAACGCAGAUCCGGCUCAACAGACGAACGGCGGUACGGCUGGUGAUGGGAAUCGUCCGUAUAGGCCGCUGGAUCAGGUUACUUGCUUCAAGUGUGGCGACAAAGGGCAUUACGCCAACCAUUGCCCCAAACGA